UGCGGCACGCUGCCCGGCCCGGAAGCCGGCGUCGCUGCGGCCACUGCUCCCCGAGUCGCCCGAGUCUGGAGCGCGCGGCCCGCCCUUAGGGCGGCGGUGGAGGCGGCGGCGGGAUGUUGGCGACGGGGACGGAGAGUCUGCUCCGCCAGGCCAGGGAGGUCGGGGCGGAGGAGCUGGGCAGGUUCUGUGCUCGCGUCAGCACGCUGCUGCAGGCGGAGGACUGGGGCCCCGACGCCCUAGACGCCCUGCGGAGGCUCUUCCUCAUCGUGGCGGCCACCAAGUACAGCAGGAGGCUGGAGCCCACAUGUGUGGCGCUGCUGCAGACCACCCUCUGCUCGCCCCGCUGCCCCGAGCGGCUCCAGCUGCUCUGCGCCGCCGUGCUGAGAGAGAUGGCGCCCUCCGACAGCCUGAGCCUGUCCUGCGACCACGCCCAGAGCUCGCGGCAGCUGGGCCUGGUGGCCUCCGUGCUCUUGGCCCAGGGCGACCCGCAGCAGGUCAGGACCGUGGGCCAGUGCGUCAUCAAGGUCCUGGAGAGUCGGCAGCCUGAGGGGCCCAGCCUGACGUACCUCCUUCCGGUCGUGUCCAAGGUCACCAGCCUGGCCCCGGACGCCCUUCCUGAAGAGCAGACCAAGGCGCUUAGCAAGCGGCUGGGGGACUGGCUCCGCUACGCCAGCGUCCAGCAGGGGGCGGCCCACGCCUCCGGGGGCUUCUUCUCCACGCCCAGAGCCCGGCAGCCAGGCCCUGUCACCGAGGUGGACGGGACCGUGGCCACAGACUUCUUCACGGUGCUGUCCACGGGCCAGCGCUUCACGGAGGACCAGCGGCUCAACGUGCAGGCCUUCUCCAUGCUGCGGGCCUGGCUGCUGCAGGGCGGCCCCGCGCACCCGGGUGCCACGGAUGCAGACGACAGGUCGGAGCUGGAGGGCUCCACCGUGUCCGUGCUCUCGGCCGCCUCCACCGCCAGCCACCUGCUGCCGCCCGCCGAGUGGCUGCGGGAGAAGGCCCUGGAGUACUGCCAGCGCCUCCUGGAGCAGAGCGGCCGGCGAGCCCUGAGGAAGGCCGACUCGGACCUGCAGAAGGCGUGCCUGGUGGAGGCCGUGCUGGUGCUGGACGUGCUCUGCCGGCAGGACCCCUCCUUCCUGUACCGCGCCCUCCCGUGCGUGCGCGCCCUGCGCACCCGACUCUGCGGGGACCCGGCCUGCGUCCGUGCAUUGCUGCCCAUCGCCCAGUUCUUUCUGCACCACGGGGAGGCUGCCGCAGUGGAUGCCGACGCCGUCUGCCAGCACCUCUUCAGCAGGGUCCCUUCCGAACACUUCCACAGCGCGAUGCUGGCCUUCGAGUUCGUCCAGUUCUGCAGGGACCACCUCGUGCUGUUCAGCAGCAACCUGGACCUUCUCAGGACCAGCUUUCCCAACCUCUUCAAGUUCCUGGCCUGGAGCAGUCCAGCCCUCACCUCUGAGUUCGUGGCGCUCCUGCCGGUGCUGGUCGACGCAGGCACGGCCGUGGAGAUGCUCCACCUGCUGCUGGACCUGCCGAGCCUGACCGCGGCCUUGGACCUGCAGCUCCGGGCAUCACAGGCCGCAUCUGAGAGGCCGCUCUGGGACAUCUCCGUGAGGGCCCCCGGCUGCCUGGAGGCCUUGCGGGACCCCCAGGCCCAGGGCCUUUUCCAGCACCUGCUGCGGGCCAAGGCCAGCGGGACUGUGGAGAGGCUGACGCCGCUCCACCAGCUGCUCCAGCCCCUUGCUAGCUGCGCCCGAGUACUCCAGUGUGCCCAGGCUGUGCCCACCCUACUCCGAGCAUUCUUCGCGGCGGUGACGCAGUUCGCCAGUGGGGCCCUGGCCAGCCAGCUGGCACUGCUGCUCUUGGAGAGAAGUGACUCGCUUUUCCAGGUUGAGGGGUAUGAAGCUGACGUGCACAGGUGGGUCUCUCCCGGCGGCUCCACGGGGCUUCUUCACCCGUCCUGUGGCUCCAGCCCCCCUGUGCCCUCAGCCCUGGUCACUGCAGACCCCCUCCCCAGCCUCACCCCCAGGCCCAGCCUCGGCACUUCGUGGGCUGCCGCACAGACUCUUCCCACUCCAGAGAGUUGCCACAUCCCCUCCCCCCCAGCUUCUCUUGGGCAGAGCCUUCCAGAAGAUGCCCUUUCUGAAAGCCCGACUCAUGAGGGCUCAUCCCCUCGCCAGCCCAGCCAGAGGACAGAGCCCACCCCACUAGACGGUAGUUCUCCGGACGGGCCGUGGGGCUGGGGUCUUUUGAGGGGUGUCCUCUCCGACAGGGUGCUGAGCUCCCAGUUCCCGGCCCUUUGCAAGCUGCAUCCCCCGCUGGUGGUCGAGCGGGCCAAAGAGCUGCUGGAGUUCGUGGGCAGCCUGGGGGGGCCCCGCAGCACCGGGCACGUGCUCACUUCUGUGGUGUGGGCCAUUGGCGAGUACCUCUCGGUGUCCUGGGACCGGCGCUGCAGUGCGGAGCAGAUCAGCAGGUUCUUUGAAGCUCUGGAGGCCCUGCUCUUCGAGGUCACCCAGUCUCGGCCCUCCGCCGCCCUUCCCAAGUGUCCUCCGCAGGUCAUCACUGUGCUCAUGACCACGCUGACCAAGUUGGCUUCCCGGAGCCAAGACCUGAUCCCCAGGGUCUCCCUGCUCCUGUCCAAGAUGAGGACGCUGGCCCAGAGCCCAGCCGUGGGCCCUGUGCGUGGCGAGGACGACCUGGGAGCCGUCCGCACACGGGCCACCGAGCUGCUGAACCUACUCAAGAUGCCCAGCGUGGCCCAGUUCGUGCUCACGCCCAGUGUGGAGGUGUCCCAGCCCCGCUAUCACCGCGACUGCAACACCGCCCUGCCCCUGGCCCUGGACAUGGUCAGCCGGCUGCUGGAGCGGGAGGCAGGCCUCCUGCCAGGGUGAGGGAACAGGGGCCCAGUGGGCACCAGGCUGCAGAGCCUGCUGUUGGGUCCCUGCCAUGGCCUCGGGUCGGAGAAACCUGGGGAGGAGGAGGGGGGAGUCCACCAUCUCAGCCUCAGUCUCGGCCACCUCUGGCAGAGAGCACUCACUCGCGGCUUUGGCCCCUGUGGGGCUGCCUGUGUUCUGCUGUUAUUUGGGGGCAAGAGGAGAAAGAACAAAAAUAAACCUCCUUCACAAAAUA